AUGCCAUCAAACUGCGCCCUCCUAUUGGCUGCUGCCACUGUUGCUGCUGGUGCGGGGUCGCUCUCGGCCUCUCUCUCGCUUCCUAUAGCGCUAACACUUGCACUUGCACGACUCUGUGUACGCGCGACACUUUCACUGAUUUACUUUCCCCGUUUGCGUCACGUAUCCCCUCUCGGCUCUUGCUCUCUCGCGUUCGCUGACGCCGCUGCCUCCUAUCUGGCCCUAUAUAUUUCCCAAGCCCUCCUCUCCAUACCCAUUUGUCAAGUCGUCCAUCGGGGCUCCAAAGUAUUCCAACGCCUUCCAGCCCUAACCGAUGCAUCCCCCUCCUCCUCUUCCACCUCCACUACCAACACAGCUUCCGCUUCCAAUGCUCAACUGGCCAAUAGCAUCGGUGGCCCCGUUGCCCGAGCCAAGGACGAAUUCUUUGGGGGAGUCACACGACGAGGCCUCUGUGCUGAGAGGCCCUUACCCUCCGUCCAUCACAAUCGCACCUCCGGGGAUCUCUUCGGCGCGGUGUCUAACUUUUUCACUAGAACUGGAGGUGGUAGUGGCAACUUUGGAGACGUCUGUGAGAUAUGCCAUGUCACCAAGUUCACAGGAAAUGCAGGUCACAAUUGUGUUCAAUGCAACCUCAAGACCUGCGUUCGCUGCGGCGGAUGGUUUGGUACUCAGUCCUCGUGGAUGUGCAAAAAUUGUUUCAGUAAUUUAUCAUCUCCUUCUGCGAUGACUCACGUAGCCAAGGAUGCCAAAACUCCGCUCCCUUCGGGACUCACUUCCUACAGAAGGGAGUCCUUCUCCUCGCCUCUAAAUACCACUGAGUCUACCCUCAAUCCCCGGAUGAUUCCCAAAAUUCCCCCAACUUCCACUCCCGCCACCGCCUCUACCUCCUCCUCCCUCUCGGCCUCCAAUGUGGCGCCUGUGGAACGCAGUCUAAGCAGCUAUGCAGGCGCUCCCCAUCUCUAUACUACACCGCUGUUAAAGUCUUCUUCUUGGCUCACGGAGGUGCGUAACCGUUCACUAAGCGAGGAGGACCGUGUGUGGUCACACUACCAGCCUACGCCCAGCUCUCAUACUUACCUUCUUCACAGCCAUCAGUCACCCAAAAACUACUACCAACACCCUCCAGUUCCACCCCACUCCCAUCCUCAUAAACAGCAACACCCUCAGCGCCAACAAUCUUAUUCCUCUAUCCCACCACGUUAUCUGCAACAACACUCCUCACACUAUCCCGCUGCCGCUACGGCCACCGCCCAGCAUCCCUACAACGCACCCCAUUUUCGACACUCCACUGGACCCCCGGUGGAUCGAGCUUAUAGACGACCCUUUGGGGAGGCUGCAUGGAUCCGACCCGUUAUGCCACCUCCUUUGCGGUCUGAACGGCACACUUUUAGGUCAAUGGAAGGUGGCGGGGUAGAAGGCGGAGGGGUCAGCACCACCUCGUGCGGUUCUACUGAAGACUCACCUCAUGGUGGUUUUCGUGCAGGAUAUUUACGGAGGAGUGGUGGAGGGCAGAUGGAUCCGGGAUCGGUGUCGGAACCCUGCAAGUCCGAGGCCUAUUCGCGAGGUGAUGAAAAGCUUAAACCAAGUGAUUCUGAUUGGUUGAUGUGUCAGAAUUUUACCCUUCUUGAAAGCAGGAUAUCUCUGAGCUGUGGUCGAUCGGCAUUCUGGUCACCGUCUCAAGAUGGUGAAAGCCUGAUCGGUCAGGUGUACCUUCGAAAGUGCAGAGCAAGCGGUGAAAUUGGACUACUCAGCAGCUUUGGUCUAAAACUGGUGAUCGGUAAAAGAGUUCCCUCAGAUAUGGUGGGAACCUUUGUGAGCUCUGUGAAAGAGGGAUCUGUGGCCGACGUGAUGGGCGAAUUGCAGACAGGUGAUGAGAUUCUUGAAUGGAAUGGACACAAUUUGCGAGGUCUGCAUCAAGAAGAGGUCUCCGAGAUCCUGGCUCUCUCUCGAAAUGCAGAUGAAGUGUGGCUCACCGUUCAACGUGUCAUUGAUGAUUACUGCGAGGAGUCUGAUGGUGCAAAUUCAACUUCUUUAUCAAGGCCUGGUGAAGAUGCAAGGUUCCAAGAAGAAGAAGAAGAGGAGGAAUAUGGUGAUAAUUUUGGUCCUGGAGAUGCCGAUCCUCACUUACAGGCAAGUAAAAUUCUCAAACUCCUAUACGAUGAGGAGAAGGAAGCACUAAUUGUCUCCGUCCUAGCCGCCCGUGACCUUCCCCCACAAUUGAAUACACAGACUUGGCUCUGCAGUUCCUUCUGCCAGAUCACCAUUCUUCCAGAAACCAAUAAAUAUGAACCUCGCUGUACCAGAGUUGCUCGCAAUACCAAUGACCCAGUUUGGAUCCACAACGUCACCUUUGAAAACUUCGUGAUAAAUUCCAAGGAGCUAGAAGUUGCUGUUUUUGAUUAUCUUCGGGGCAGAACGGCUUUCAUUGGAGAGGUUCUGAUUAAUCUUCAGGUGGCAGACCUAUCCGGUCGUGCUUACUGGUAUCCCAUUCCUCCAGGUUGGGAUAAUACUAAUCAGGAUUUUUCGAGUCAGGUGCAGUCUGAGAGUGGAACAUUCGAAGCAGAUGAAUGGUCCGGUGAAGCCUCGGAGCGAGUUACAGCUCAGGUGUCGCACCGACCGGUCAGCGGAGGUAGCGGAGGUCGGCGCGCCCUUCGCAACAUCAGUCCACGCUCAGUGCCCAGCCAACUGUCCGCCUCCGCUUCGGCUGUUGCUGACCGCCAAAAGCGCCAGCAACCCGGUGGUCAGCGAACCUCUCGGCGUGAGUCACGUGGGCCUGCACAGCCCGGGCCACCGAAAACCCAUGCGGCCGACAGAGGCCCUAGAUUCAGCCUAUCCGAAGACGACCAGAGUUUCCUUUCGGACAAUUCGGAGGCCUCCGGUUUCUCCUCCUUCUCCAAACUUAGUCUUCAAUCCAACCGUCUACGCCAGCGUCAACACCAACGCCUUAACGCAUCUAAACUGGGCUCCGCUGCACGUCGGAUCUCGCGCAGUCGCGCCGACUGCUAUUCACCAUCGCAGGAUCUGCUAGCUGAGACCGGUGAGGAGGAAGAGGCAGAAUUAGAGGAAGCGGCUGCGAUGGAAGAUGAAGGCAAGCAGAGUCGAGGGAGGGAAGAGAGACCUCCAGAUGACCAGCCGAAGUCUUCAUCGACAGAGGAGAAGUCUGUUUCUUCAUCCACUGCUGCUGCAGCUUCAACUGUCGCUGUCUCCAGCGGUGGCUUUACGGAAACCACCACUAUGACCACUGCAGGAGCAACAAAGGCGACUGCGGCUGCCGCCACGCCCUCUACGGCUAGAAAACGGAGAUCCAGUAUUGGUCACAGGUUCAGCAAUGUGCUGGGGAUAUCGAAGAAGAAUACGGCUACAAGUGGAACAGAUAAGAAAACUAAGGCGUCAUUUCAACGCAGCGAGGAAGUGCUGCCAGCAUACAUCCAGACAAAUGAGAAGGGCACAGUGUCAGGCGGAUACAAGGCGCCCGGAGUGGUGGCUGAGGGGGCUGGUUUCGGUGGCAUCGCCGCGAGCAGCGUCCAAUCCUCUGUAGGUGGUGGGUUCACUGGGCAGGCUGGUCAUCAUGGCAGCGGCCUUCAGCACACACUGUCCAGUGUUCUCCACUCUUCCUCCUCCUGCUCCUCCUCUGCCGCAGCUACUGCCGCUAGAAAGGAUCAACUUGCUCUGGAGAUGGGAGAAGUGCACGUAGGUGAGUUUGUGGAGGGUCUAGGCCCAGGUCAGCUGGUGGGGCGCCAGGUGCUAGGGAUGCCGUGUCUGGGCGAGAUCCAGCUAUCCUUCUUCGAUCGAAAAGGUCACCUCGAAGUAGAGGUGAUACGGGCCCGAGGGCUACAGCAGAAGAACACUUCAAAACCCUUGCCAACGCCCUAUGUGAAGCUUCACCUGCUGGAAGGCAAACAGUCUGUCGAGAAGAUGCGAACAACCGCGCCCGCACGGCGCACCCUCGAUCCACUCUUCCAACAACAAUUCUCAUUCUCCAACUCCUACAAGGACAAAAUACUGCAGGCGAUGCUACAUAGUGGGCUAGCCAUCAAUGACUCUCCCCACACCUUGUCACAGGUCUCUGACCCAUACCUGGGAGGGGAUGGGACUGCACCACUGAGUGAUAGAUCUCGAGAGACUGUCAGUGUUUGGGGUGAAUACGGUAGAAUGGAUAAGAAGGUGUUCCUGGGCAUGUGCGAGAUAGUGCUAGACGAUCUUAACCUCCGUUCCAUCGUGUUUGGAUGGUACAAGCUCUUCGGCAUGAUAGCUGCAACCGCACAGCAUCAUAAACAGGUGCGCCGUCACACAAGCUUCGGAGGUACUUCCACCGCCACCACCACCACCUCUGGUGGAACAUCACAGACUUCCUCUUCCGGCAAGCGACACGCCUCGAAAAAUCGCCAACCUCGUGGCAAAAGCUAG